GCAAUCGACAGAGAUCGUCUCCUUGGGUCCGAUUAAAAUACUACGUCCCGCAUUGUAAUUAAAUUGAUCCCCAUGAUAUGACUGGUGUCAAUGUUUCGAGAAAAUAAAUUAGAAAUUACAAAAUCUUGCGCAUAAACAUUACGGUAGAUUAUUCUGAAAGUACAAUAUAGGAAGUUCAUUAUCGUCGCUGAUAUAGCGAAGUGCAGUAGCGGACAAGGUAGACAGCGGUGACGCUAUGGCGAGCAGAAAAAGUACACGCGCGAAGCAAAACGACGGGGAUAAAUAUUCAGUAUUGUUGCCCACUUACAACGAGAGGGAAAAUCUUCCAUUGAUUGUGUGGCUUUUGGUGAAAUAUUUCGAUGAAAGUGGCCACAAAUACGAGAUUAUUAUCAUUGACGACGGAAGCCCCGACGGGACAUUAGAGGUGGCGGAGCAACUGCAAACAAUCUAUGGAGAGGACAAAAUUCUUCUACGACCACGAGCGUCGAAAUUGGGGCUCGGCACUGCUUACAUCCACGGCAUGAAGCACGCCAGCGGAAACUUCAUCAUUAUCAUGGAUGCUGAUCUCUCCCAUCACCCCAAAUUCAUCCCAGAAUUUAUCAAGAAGCAGAAGGAGGGUGAUUACGAUUUGGUGUCUGGCACUCGUUAUCGAGGCAACGGCGGCGUCUACGGUUGGGACCUGCGCAGGAAGCUCAUCAGCCGAGGCGCCAACUUCCUGACUCAAGUGCUGCUGAGGCCUGGUGCAUCUGACCUCACCGGCAGCUUCAGGUCAGGUGUAUUCUCCACAAAUGCGAAUUGCACCUCCAGCUUCACAGAUGCCAUGUCAUUUGAUGACUGUACAAGAAGAACGCCCUGGAGAGUCUGGUGGAGCGCUGCGUGUCCAAAGGUUACGUCUUCCAAAUGGAGAUGAUCGUCCGAGCCAGACAGCUCAACUACACCAUUGGAGAGGUUCCCAUCUCCUUCGUAGAUCGCGUCUAUGGCGAGUCCAAACUCGGAGGGAACGAGAUCGUGUCGUUUGUGAAAGGACUGCUUACACUCUUUGCCACCACAUGAUCACUCAUCAUGUAAAGUAAUACUAUAAUACUCUACUGACU